AUGAUACACUUUUCUUACGACUCUCCCGAAAUGCAUUAUAUUACUCCUCAGGAUAAACACUCAGAGGAUAAACUAGCUGAUUCAGAUGUAGAAAUGAAAAUUUUUGACUAUAAUCUAUUCAAUCCUCAAUAAAAUAAUGAAAUAGAAAGAGAGAAAUUAGAGAAAUAUAUGAAUAAAAAUGCUUAAUAAUCUACUUAUUAGACUACUAAAAUGUGUGACUAUAUUCCAGUGCAAGAAUUAGUUUAUUAAGUGAAUAUAGUUAAGACACCAACUCAGCUUAAUCUUGGAUCAAUUAGUUUGCAAAUUCAAUUAGAUCAUCCCAAGAAAUAAAUACAACCUAAGAUUAACUAAGAAAGUUCAAAAUUGAAAUCUGAUGCAUUGAAAAAAGAAGUAUUUAGAGCAUAUAAAAAUUAUUGGAAAAAGAAAUUCAUGAAAGACUUCAUUAAAGUUAAGAGAAAAGAUUUGCAUGAAAAUUAUGAAAUAUUUAAAUAAGAAAUUAAACCUCUACAGGAAAAGUUUCUCAAAGAAAUUGAAAUAUCUAAUCAAUAAUAACGUGAGAAGUUUUAGGCUGAGAUUAAAAGUAAAAACGGAGUACUUAUGAUAGCUGCUAUAUAAUAUAAGAACGGUUCUAAUAAUGAGAAUUCUCCAUUGUUUAGUAAUGACAGUCAAGAGAAAGCCUGCUAAGUGAAAAAGUAUAUUGAAAUCUUAGACAAACCGAACAAAGAAAACUUUGAUUUGUUUUUUGACGAUAUACUAACAAGGACACUGUUUGAAAAUUGGGUGGAUAAAAAAGGCUUUGAUAAAGCAGUUAAAAAGUUUUGUUCAAAAAAUAAAGACGACCACUCUAGUAUUAUAUUUUUGAUGAUGAGACAACUUAGUAAAUAUAGCCUUAGCUGCAAAUUUUCCAGUUACAUCAAACAGAUAAUUACUGAAUGA